UGCAAACCUCAGGCAGAGGAGAAUGGAGGUUGCUCCCAGCUUGUGCACCUGAGGCAGGGAGUCCGAAUUUUGUUUAUAAACAGAGUGAGUAGUGGCGAUUAAGGACUCUGAAUAGAAAAUUCCAUUGUGAAGGCUAAUCUCCGGCAAGUUCCCCUUUUUGGAUGGAAAUAAAAAGAAGAAUCAUUCAAGCUGCAUUCAGUCUAACAGAGGCCAAGAUGAAGAAGCUGGCUGUAGUCCUGGCAAUAUCCCUGAUUGUAACUGACCUCACUCCCCUGACUGGUCUACCUAUGGAAAGCCUUCUAACCAACCAGAGAUGCAGAUGCCGCAAGCAAACUUCAGAUGUCAUCAGUGCUUCGAAGAUUCGUUUUAUUGAGGUGAUUCCUCAGGGGAUUCAGUGUAGAAGGAAGGAGAUUAUACUUACUCUGAAGAAUACACAGAAAGUCUGCGUGUAUCCCAAUGCCCCGUGGAUCCAGCUAUUGCUCCGUAAGCUGACGCAGAGUAAUAGCAUCAGCGCAGUGCAAUUCUUUGACUGAUUUUUCCCAGCAAAGGAAACCGACCAGAUGCAGGCUUACUAAUGGACUGA